AUGCGGUGGCGGCUGCCUGGUGCCCGGUCGACCCUACCCGCCAGCGUCGCACUCCUCCUGAUCCCCGUUCUUGUUGCUCCGCAGCAGCUGCAUGAACAACAAUAUGCCGAUGCUCCCUCCGCCGUCUCUGUGCCUCUGAGGCCGACGGCGGCCCACGUUCCCGCAAACGCAAACCCUUCCCCCUCCGCGUUGAACGUGAAGUCCAACGAUGCGAGCGCCCUAGCAACCCUGGCUCUGGCGGGCUCCGGCCGCGCCGUUCGAGCCCCUCCCGCCCAGGUCAGCAGCAGCAGUGCUUCUGCUGGCCUGGCUCCGCAGCUGCAUGCGCGGUCCCUGCAGGACUGGGAGGUUGAGGACUUUGUUCUGCUGGCGACCGUCGAUGGUACCAUUCACGCUCGAGACCGCAAGACCGGAGCUUACCGCUGGGCCCUUGAGGUCCCCGGUAGCCCGAUGGUCGAGAGUUUAUACCAUCGAGCGAAUCGCUCGAGCUUCGACGAGGCCCAGCCUGAAGACGACUUUAUCUGGAUCGUCGAACCCAGUCAGGAUGGCAGUCUUUAUAUCUUCAGUCCGGACCCGAAUGCGGGCUUGCAGCAGCUGGGGUUGACUGUGAAGGAGCUUGUCGAUGAGACGCCAUAUUCCGGGACCGAGCCGGCUGUUACCUAUACCGCCCGGAAGGAGACGACGCUUUAUACCAUUGAUGUAAGGGAUGGUUCGAUAUUACGGACUUUUAGCUCGAGGGGCCCAAUGCCCUCUGGACCUGAGUGUCGUAAGGUCGAUGAUUUCAGUCCGGAUCAGGAUGAGGAGUGUGAGUCUCCGUCUGGGACUCUGGUGCUUGGUCGGGUUGAAUAUGCCGUGGCUAUUCAAAAUACUGAGACCGGCGAUCCGAUCUGCACACUGAAAUACUCAGAGUGGACCACAAACAACCGGGACAUUGAUCUGCAAAGCCAGUACUUCCGUACAAUGGAUCAGAGCCAUAUCUAUAGUAUGCACGAUGGCGUAGUUUUGGGAUUUGACCAUUCUCACAUGGAGCGCCCUCGUUAUACACAGCGGUUUCCCUCGCCAGUGGUGCGGGUUUUCGAUGUUGCCCGCCCGGUUACUGUCGACAAGCCCGAUGCCCCAAAACCGCUCAUCCUUCUUUCACAGCCUAAACAACCUCCAGAUCCGGAUUAUGGCUCGCUCGAUGACCUUAAUGACCGUGUGUUCAUCGAUUCUACUGAAGGCGGGGGUUGGUUUGCCAUGUCCGAGGAAACCUACCCACUUGUUACUGGCCGAGCAAAGAUGGCCCAGUACUAUGAAAAAGACUACUUCCGCCUUGGCCAGCCGCUUAUGAGCUUGAGCCCGGGCCAACAACGGGAUGCACUUGCGGGUGUCCACGCUCUGAACACCCCGCGUAUUCCUCGCCGCCAGAUUCCCAGUAUAUCUGGCUCAUCAUCCGCGGAAUUCUCCAACGACACGCCCAGGGAGAUUAUCCGCACCCCGUCGGAGCUGGCUCUACCACCGGCUCUUCGCCAUAGCACUAUCAUCCGCAAAAGCUGGGAUAACGCUGCCGAUAUCGUCGUUAUGCUUGUCUUGUUGUUUUUUGGUACAUUCAUUUACUUCAACUCGCACAACAUCCAAGAGCUCGCCAAACAAAAGCUCGACAUAAAGAACAUCAUCUCUGCCUACGAACAGGCACCUUUGUCUACUCCGUCCACACCGCUCGUUGGUACUCCUCUAAAACGGGAGUCUAGCACCGUUCGCGCCGUCAAGGAUGUCACAAUUGACUUCAAAGUUGACGAACCCCCAGUUGACGGUGACAUGACGCCAAAACCAAAUAAGACCGGCGAUUCUCUUGAGCCAAAUGCCACGCCGCGUGUACGCAUCCGCGAGCCAUCACGCGGCCCGGUUGACGACAAGGACGUUGAAGAACUCUCAUUGCAGGAUGGGGAGAAGAAAAAGAAGGCACGCAAACGUGGCAGCCGCGGCGGCAAGAGUCAUCGACGUGGAAAGAAGAAGGUUGAAAGCGAGAAUGAAGGAUCUGACCACGCUCCUGGUAGUCUGCAACCUCCGGGGCUACCCGACGCUGGGCUAUCAUUGGCCCGUACCGCUUCUAACGAAGUGUUCGAAAUGGACGGCGUUAUUCAAAUCGGCCGCCUGAAGGUCCUUACGAGUGAUGUGCUUGGUCAUGGAAGCCACGGAACAGUAGUGUACCGUGGUUCAUUCGAUGGCCGGGACGUUGCGGUCAAGCGUAUGUUGGUUGAGUUCUACGAUAUUGCAUCCCACGAGGUCGGUCUUUUACAAGAGAGCGAUGAUCACAACAACGUUAUUCGCUACUACUGCCGUGAGCAAGCAAAGGGUUUCUUUUACAUUGCCUUGGAGUUGUGUCCGGCUUCGUUACAAGAUGUGGUAGAACGGCCGGACGCGUUUCCGCAGCUUGUCAAUGGCGGCCUGGAUAUGCCCGACGUCUUGCGUCAAAUUGUGGCUGGUGUGCGAUAUUUGCACUCUCUCAAGAUUGUACACCGUGACUUGAAGCCCCAGAACAUCUUGGUCGCCGCCCCACGAGGCCGUACCGGCUCCCGGUCAAUCCGCCUCCUGAUCUCGGACUUUGGCCUGUGCAAGAAACUUGAAGAUAACCAAAGCUCCUUCAGGGCAACCACAGCCCAUGCUGCUGGUACGUCUGGGUGGAGGGCUCCUGAACUGUUAGUGGAUGACGACAGAAGCCCGACAAUGCAAGGCUCGGAGUCUCAGCACACAGAGUCAUCUGAGCCUGCGGUCGUGGAUCCUCAGACCAACCGACGAGCCACUCGAGCUAUCGAUAUCUUUUCCCUCGGAUGUGUAUUCUACUACGUUCUCACCAGGGGCUGCCAUCCCUUCGAUAAGAAUGGCAAAUUCAUGCGCGAGGCGAAUAUUGUCAAAGGCAAUUUCAACCUUGAAGAGCUACAGCGUCUUGGAGAGUAUGCUUUUGAAGCCGAUGAUCUCAUCCGAUCCAUGCUGGCACUUGACCCUCGUCAACGCCCCGACGCCAGCGCUGUCCUAACCCACCCUUUCUUCUGGAACCCUUCCGACCGCCUCAGCUUCCUCUGCGACGUUUCGGACCACUUUGAGUUCGAACCGAGAGAUCCUCCGUCCGACGCCCUUCUAUGCCUAGAAUCCGUAGCCCCCGAGGUCAUCGGCCCAGAUAUGGAUUUCCUGAAGCUCCUGCCCAAGGAUUUCAAAGACAGCCUCGGCAAGCAGCGCAAGUACACGGGCUCCAAAAUGCUGGAUCUUCUGCGCGCAUUGCGCAACAAGCGGAACCACUACAAUGAUAUGCCUGAGCAUCUGAAGGCUCAUAUCGGUGGUCUGCCGGAAGGCUAUCUGAAUUUCUGGACCGUGCGCUUCCCGAGUCUGCUUAUGAGCUGCCACUGGGUCAUUGUGGACUUGAGCUUGACGAGGACGGAUCGGUUUAAGAGGUACUUUACGCCCCUGGAAUAG